AUGGCGGCGGGAGGUUUCACCUUCCCGUUCUUCCAUGAGUACCCUCCGUACUUCACACUGCAGCCGGUCAAAGAAACCAAAGACAAACAGUGCCAGCUCUGGGGGGCGCUGAUUCUCAGCUACUGCAAGCACUACAAGAUUUAUGUGCUCAGCGCAGAUGGGGCUGGAGAUGAGACUGCAUUGUUCAAGAAUGACAAAAUCAAUAGGAAAUUAAACACAGAGGCACGGAGAGCUUUCUUCGACUACCUGGUUGUGCAAGGAAAUGGAGUGUGGCUGGACCAGUCACAGCAGCAAUUUCUUGUGCUGUGGAAGAAGGUGUGCUGCCACGCCAUGACCGGUGCACACUCUCCGAGACAAUCUAAUUUCGUGCUCUGA